AUGUCCCUGCUCGUGCAGACGCCCUACGGCCGCGAGGUGCGGGCGCGGGGGAAGCUGGGGGAUCACGGGGCCUUCGAGACGUUCCUGGAGGAGCUGAAGGCCGCGCUGGAGGCCGACGCGGCCGCUGGCAGGGCGGCGGCCGUGUCGGACCUGGACAUCCCGGAGAACCAGAACUACCUGAGCCUCGAGCAGUUUGACAGCAUAUUCAGCCUGCUGGCGAUCUCGGGCGCGGCCGUUCGGCGGUUUCGACUGUUCGGGUGUCCUACCCUGAACGACGAGGUGGUCAAGCUGUUCGCGGAUUUUUUCCGGGCCGAUCUUACCGCCGACCGGGCUCCCAAGGAGACGGAUCCAUUUGUCCGACUGCGCAAUCACCGCAGAAGGUUUCCAGCAGUUGAUGUUAGCCCUGGAGGAGUGUGA